AUUUUUCAAUUACAGCAAAAAAAUAUCGAUAAAAUAUAUUUUACUUAUAUAAUAUUAUUUUUAAAUACAAUCACAAUUUUUACUGCUAAUUUUUAAGCAAUUUUUACUGCUUAUUUUAAAGAGAUAUUAAAAGAACUAAAAAUUAUUUUUUAAAAUAAACAUCGUUUUAUCAAAUAAUUACAAAAUAGUUUAAUGAGGUAGAUAUAUUAUAUUUUAUCAUUAUUAAAUUUAUUUUUUCCUUAAUAUUAAAUAUGCUUUAAAAUUUUAUGUUUGUAUGUUUGUGGAACUUAAUAAAACCAUAAUCAAAAUAACAAAGCAAAUCUGAAUUCUCAUUUUUAAGAUUAUUUAAAAUAAAUAUUAGUUUUCAUUCAAUAAAUCAAAGGCAUAAAGUUAUUAAAAAAAUUUAAAAUAUUUUAAUUAUUGUAAAUAUUGAUAUGUGUUCAUGAUCUUUCAAAAAUUUAUCACCUACUUACGCAUGUAACUUUCUAUAUAUCAUCGCUUUAUUUUCUAAUAUUUUUUAAAAAAACAUCAACACAUAAUUUGGUAAAUAUUAUGAAAAUACAUGCAGAUUUGACUUAACUAUAAUAAAAAAAUAAUUAUACUUCAUUUUGUAUUUGAAAGAAUAUAUGUAACUCAAUAUACUCACAACAUGAAUGAUUCGACUAAUCCAACUUAUAUAUAAAAUCAUAGAUUUAACUUUGAUAAGAAUAUAUAGUUUUAUAAGAAUAUUAAUUUAUUUUAUAAAUAUAAAUCAUAUGACAACUCAAAACAUAUUAAAAAUGAAAAUAAAAUAUUAACCAAGUGUUACAAUUUAGUUAUUUUGUAAAAUUUAUAUAUAUGCAUGAGACUUCAGAAUAUUAUCUUUUCAUUAUAUUAAUUUAUGUAAUUUGGAAUCAGACACUUUAGUUUUUUUUUAACUUCAUUCUAAGAACGAUAUAUCUUAAGUUAUAUAUAAUCUUCAUAAAAUAUAUUUACAUAUAUAAGACAACAACCACCUAAAUUAAUCAAAAUUUUAAUAUAUAAAAUAAAAAUAUUACAGUUGAUUUCAUAUAUGCAAUCUAAUUUACCCAAAUGAUAACCAAAUCGAUUGAAAAACAACAAAACCGAUUAGAUAUAACAUAUAUAAAAUCAUAUGUAUAAUUAAAGUAAUAUAAUAUUAUUAAUAUAAAUAUUGCAUAUAAAUUAAAAAUUAAUUAAAAAUUAAAAAUAAGUAGUAAUUAAUUAUAUUAUAUAUUUACUUUAGAAAUAUUUAUACCCAUGUAUGAACACCGGAAAAUCACCUAGUUUUGUAUAGACUAAGAUUGUUAUUAUUGCAAAAUAAACCUCAAGAAGUUACUUUCGUCACCCUGGGAAGAAGAAACGAGUGAGAUAUUUGACAAAGUCCUAAUUUUGAUCCAAAUGUACCAAAACCAUAGGCUAUAUAUUCGCAAUCAACGAAUUACUAAAAAUGUAAUAGAGAAACUGAUCAAGCUCGUUUACAAAAAUAAUCAGCAUCCUACAAAAAGCACUUUCUAUUGUAAUAAACUAAAUAAAAGCAACAUGUACAGAUCCGCGAGUUGGAACCGUGGGACAGAAGACUACUCGUCCGCACCACCUAAAGGACUGUGGAUGGGCUCGAUGAUCGGUUCCCUCGACGAUGACGAACUACCUUCAUAUAAUAAUCCACCAGAGGAGAUGAUCAAGAAGGAGAAGUCACGUGCCAAGUUCGCAGAAAACGCUAUUCACAUCAUUCCUUUUGUUCUUCUUGCAUGCGCUCUCGUCCUUUAAUGGCUCUUCUCAAAUCCAGAUGUGGAUGUUGGGAUGAGAGAGGAAUCUAUUGCGGCUAGGAUUGAAGGAUUGACAAUCGAAGGGGACAUUGACAAUGACAGCGAUGGAACUCAGACUGGUUUCUUGGGAGCCACCUUAGAACUAGGUGGUGAUUCAGACAAACCACACCAUGUUGAUCGGAACAGGCGAGCUUCAAGGAAACUGAUCAAAGGUUUCUAAGAUUUGUUUUGAUUAUUUUUAUUUAAUCUAUAAGUUUUGCUAAAACUAUGAAUGUUUGUUUUCUGGUUAAUGAAGGGGCAGCUAAAUUUAAAUCCAA